GUUCACCUACAGACACAACAGACAGAGAAGGUCAAGGUCACGACUCUAGUCGGCCGUAUCAUUAAGAAUGACGGAGUUCUGGGGAUAUAUAACGGACUAUCCGCCUCCAUCUGUAGGCAGUUGACGUACUCCACUACCCGGUUUGCUAUAUACGAGACGAUAAAGAAACAGCUGACUAAGGAUGGGAGUGUGAUGCCGUUCUACCAGAAGGUUGGCACGGCCGUAGUGUCGGGUGCCAUGGGAGGUUUCGUUGGUACCCCCGCCGACCUCAUCAACGUCAG